AUGACCAAAAAAGUUAAGAAGCCAAACGAGGGACUGACCAGGAUACAGAAGGAGUUGAGUCAGCUCCGGGGGGCUGUCAUUGAAAUGCGGAAGACUGCCAAGCUAUCGUCAAAGUCCUCCAGCCCAAAGUCGAGCCUAACGUUGGUGAAAGCGAAAAAGAAGGCCCAAACCAAGCGUCCCUCGGAGCAAGGCCAGAAACCACUAGCGACCAAGGACCUUUCCGUUCAACCAAGUCAACCAAAGCCAAGCCCCAACGUAGAACAUGAUACCCUUGCCGGGAUAAUCCUGCAGCAGGCGCAAAUCAUCGAAGAACUGAGACAGGAGCUGCAACAGCUGAAGCUUCACUACGAGCGCCAGGUGUCCACCAUUAAGAAUAACGCCAAGAUGCUAGAGCUACAGCUGCAAAAGCUCCUUGCCAGGGCUCGGAAGGAUCGGUGGGAGAAACCCAAGUACUCCCACUGGAUAGGUGCCCACUACAACAACAUAACCGAGGCUGUGGAUGAGUUGCAUUAUUCCAGCUCCUGCAUUAAGGAAACAAAAAAGAAACUGAGCAGGAUACUGCUGUCCAAAACAUCCUCAGAAUCUGAUCAGAAAACCUAA